AGCAAACAAAGAACACAUGACAGAAUAAUUUUUAUAUUGAUUAUACACAUAUUUUCAAAAAUGGAUCCCGAAUUGAAGUCCAGGUUUUUCAGGUCAAUAGAUAGAAAAAUUUCGAGCUUUCGACCCGACGAGAACUGGCUCACCUGCCCCACGUCCUGCUAUGGGGCCAAUUCCUACUUUAUUUCCAUGCGAAAAGAGCUCUACUAUAUCGGCAGAAUGAAAAUUAGGGCUAGAAGAGAAAAACUGUACAGGCUCCUGCUGGAUGAUUUCAGUAGAGAAGAGAGCGAGCUCAGGAGCGUCGAUAUGGCCUACAUCCCCACGUAUUAUUGAUGCAAAAAUAAAACCAAAUUUAAUUCGUCUUUAAAUUUUUAUUAAUAAAACGCACCCUAUUUUUUCAACAACAAAAAACAAACAAUUAAAAUAUUUAAAAAAGCACCAUAUUCACUUUACUGGUUGUUUUCUUUGUACAUAAAAACGUAAUCAACAAAAAAAGGAAAAUCAUACAAAAACACAAAACAAUAUUAAUAAUAAUAAAGUAUACCUAUUUUAAAAGCAACAAAUCUAUUCCUCUAUAAAAAUAUUUAAUUUUUUUCGCUUAAUGUUGUAAAAAAAACGCAAAACACAUUUAUAAUACUGAACCAGCAAAAGUAACUUUAAUAAUUUCAAGCGCAGUCCCUUUUAAAUCUUUACUAAUUAGGAACAAAUUAAGUAUGAAAAAAAUGUAACAUCUAAAAUAUACGAUAAAAUGUACCUACAACGUUAAAAUAUUUUGUUUACGUAUAAUUGUGUUUGCAAAACACGUUAAAAAUUUCUAAACAGCAUUAAAAACAUUUUUCGACUAGCUGAAAUAUGAUGAACAAAGUCGUUAGUUAAACUUAUUAUAAAACGAUUCAAAAAAUAAUUUCAAAUACGGAGAAAAAUAUAAAUUCAUCUAAAUUUCCCUAUUUUAAUAGUUAAUAGAAUCCUGGUAAGCGCAAAUGAAACUGUCCACUAUGGAAAUUAAGGCACUAAAAAUAAUCAUUCGGGGAAAAUUCGUCAAUAAACGGCCGUUUUAAGUACUCAAAAUAUCACAUAUCAUAUUACUCGCAAUUUCUUUUUAAGGCCUACAUGAUUGAAAUAUGUUUAUUCUCUUUAUUGCAAAAAAUUGACCUGUAAUUGUCAAUAAAUCGAUUAUCAUUCGAUAUUUUUUCCCGCGAACAUUAUCUACAUCUAAAGGGGCAACAUUUUUCCGAUUAUUAUCUACUAAAAAAAAGCACAAAGAAAAGAAGAAAAUACCAAACCGAAUAUCGGUCGAUCGAAUUCAUCCUUCAAUGGAGGAUAACACAAGCGCAUCGAGUCGCCUAAUUACCCAUUUAAUUGCCAAUUAAUUGCCAAUUAAUCGCCUCGAUAGAACAGACGCUUGUACAGGUAAAAUACAAUAUAAAAACGAUACGUUCGAUCAAACAUUAUUGCUCGUUUCAAACGAUUUUUUUUGAUUUUACUCGCACGCCUACCAGGUUAAUUACUUAAUUACUAAUUUAAAUAACACCAACGGGCAAUUGUAAAUAAUUUAUCUAUGAGGUUUUUCUGUUAGCUUUAAAGUUAUAGGAAUCGACGACUUGCCAGAAAUGCGAUCGGUCGCCUGCUAGAUAUCGAAAAUAAUCGAUAGAAAAAUUGGCACAAACGCGUGAAAAAAUGUAUGCAAGUUUUUAAAUAUAAAGGACUUCAGUAAACAAUAAAUAGCAAAAUUGACAUUAAUGACGUUUUAAUUAAUUGAUUUUUUUAGUAUACAGGGUGUCGUAUAAAAAGUGUUAUAGGACAUUUUUUGUUCAAAAUUAUUUGUAUAAUCACCUCCUGAAAUUUGGCGGUUUUUAUAGUAGACACCCUGUAGAGGUGUGAAAUACCAGUUACUUUUUCAGCGCGCUUUUAAAUACACCCGCAGGCUACCAAUCGCGUUUCGAACUAGCAAAAAAAAAUAUAUUAAGUACAUUAUUUGUUUUCAUCGCGAUCAAGUCGGGGGGGG